CGAACCAGCAGUUUUUUCUCCUCCCAGGCAGGCGAGACUCGCACCUGGCGACCAUAGGCCCACGGCACUCCGGUGAUUCGCACAUCCCACCGCGCAAUCCGGCGAACAAUCCGGCGCACAUUCCGGCGCACGUUCUUGUCGCGAGAUAACUCAUCUAGCGGGUGCACAUUCAGCCCCCUGGAAUGGCGGGCUACAAGCACGCCAUACCCCAUUUCGAGACGGGCAACUACAAGUCUCCAAGGGUGUUCCUAGCAGAUGAGGAGUACGGGCGUGCGCUGGACUGCCUAGUGAAAGCUUGCUCUGACUUCUUCAUCCUCGAUACAGACAGCUCCGAGAACUGCAGAAUACUGCUGGGGAAGAGGAAGGUGGAGCCGCAGCCUGACUGGUGGUUUAUGGGGGGUCGCAUGAGACCAGGGGAGAAGCCAGAGGACAGUGUGGUGCGGCUUCUAAGCCGGGAGCUUGGCGUUACAGUUGAGCCCGGUGCAGUGCGGUUCCUGGGUGUGCACUCGUACUGGUGGCAGCGGCGGGUGCAAGAGCCUGUGGACAACGGGACGUGUGACAUCAGCGGGGUGUUCACUGUAGCGAUCGGGCCCGAGCAGGCGGCUAGCAUCAAGCUGGACGAGCAGGAGUACAGUGACUCCAAGUGGGUGAGCAUACCAGACAUCAUCGAGGGAGAGCACUACCACCCUGCCCUGCGCCAGUCAGCCAGGGACCUCAAGGCCCGGUUUGCCUGGGAGCGCCUCGAGAGGCUCGUGAAAGAAGGUGCUGGAACUGAUGCAGAGAUAGCAGAAGCUGCCAGGAAGCUAGUGGCACUUAACUGAAGGGUGUUUUCCAUUGAAAGGGUGCUUAUAUGAGGGGACACUGUUCACACCUGGAAUCCACACAUUUACACAGGUACUAUGUGCCUCGUGGGAGGAGACAACGGCACAGGCUGCAUGUGAGCACUGUAAGGGGCAGAAACUCAGCAGGUUCAUCUGUCCUGCUUACGGUCACAUCGCAUCACAUUGCAACUUGACCCAUGAUUCAAGUUGCGCA